GGUGACCCACCUGCCGAAGUUCUUCCCAUGCCGACCAUGGCUAGCCUGCCAAUGGUUGGCCGUGUUGCUCAGUGUGAGGACUCAGAGGCCUCAACUCGGGAUCCUUCGUCUCCCUCAUCUCCCUCACGGCAGAAGACAUCCCAGGAUGCAGCGUUCGCAGCUUCGUUCGCAGCAACUCCGCGUCUACCCGCCGUUGUUUCCACGCCUCGUUUCAUUCGGAAAGCGCAAUCCUUUCUGGACGACGGGUCUACUGAAUCAUCUAUGUCUCCACCUGUGACACCUUCUGUUCGGAGCUCAAAGUACAUGAAAGCGACCACAUCCUCGCAGGAGGUGCAGCGAAAUCCCUUGCAGCGAUCCAAGACGACUGGCUUUGAAGAGGAGAGGUCGGAGAGGAGGAACAGUUCCAAGACAAAGCGGACCACCGUCAUUGCUGCCACGUCGUUGAGGCCUGAAGGGCUGAAACGACAACUGUCCUUCGUGAACCUUUCCAUGGAAGAGCUGGCAGAAGCCAUUCACGAGGAGGAGCAUUCCUUCGAUUGGAUGCCCGAGUUUUGGGAUCGCGUUCUCACGCUGCCAGUACCCCAAGCCUGCAGGACCAUGGCGCUGAGACCUUUGUCGCAUUGGGUGGCCAUCUACAACAAGUGGCAGGCCAUGGGGCAGUGGACAGGAAAAGCCCCGCAGUUCUUCAAUGCCUUUGAUGCCCAGCGUAUCUUAUCGAUUCCAUUGAUGCGCGCCAUGGAAUUUGUGAAGCUCUUUGACCCCGUGAGUUUCGCCAAAGUGAACGUCACCAAAGCGCCCAGCGACUAUGAGAAAGUGAGACUGCCGGUAUCUCCAUUGCUGGCGGUGUGCAUCUUGAUGUCUUCUGCCAUUGCGAAAACGCAGAAGAUCCGCUUUUUGCUGGGUGUCUUCGAUGAAAACGAUGACAGAUGCUUCGACGAGAAUGAGUUUGUGGAGAUGAUUCAAGCCCUGCUUCGUGGCAUGGGCGCCAUGUUUGGUCUACUGACCAUUAAAGAUGCGAUCCCAUCCCAUGCCCGGACAGAACAUCUGGCGCGGCGCCUCUACCGCCGCAUCAGUGACUUUCAUCACCAAAGAGCUGGGGAGGCGAUUACAGGUUCGCUGCCUUUCAAGGUCGUUGAAGAUUGGAUUUUGGGGGAGAGUGAUGACCCUUUGAAUUUGCCCUUUGCGCUCUUUGUGAAGCGUUUUUCUGUUGGAGCGGAGGA